GUCAAAACUGUUGUUGGCAGAAUAGCUAGAACUUGGGAGACACAUAAAUGAAUGCUCUUCUUGUUCACUUCAACUUCAAGAGGAACUGAAGGCAGAGUCAUAACUUUCUGGGUUCCUUAGCGAUCUUGUUUCAUUGGGAAACAUGAUUGUCUCUGCUCUGUUAACUUCUCUUGGGAUCAACACUGCCCUCUGUGUGUUGUUCUUCAUUCUGUAUUCCAUAUUGAGGAAACAACCCAGCAAUUAUGAAGUUUAUGUGCCGCGCCUUCUGGCCAAAGGAACUUCUAGGAGGCGAAGCCAUUUCAACAUGGAAAGACUAAUACCUUCUCCAGGUUGGGUUGGAAAAGCUUGGAGGCUCUCUGAAGAGGAACUGUUAUCUUUAUCAGGCUUAGACGGUGUUGUGUUUAUGUGCAUUAUAACAUUCAGCUUGAAAAUUUUUACCUUUGCUGGGAUUAUUGGGAUCCUUGUCAUUCUUCCAGUAAAUUGUUGGGGAAGUAACCAACAAGAUUUCGACAUCACCAACUUCGCCAAUAACUCCUUGGAUGUGUUCACCAUAUCAAAUGUAGACAAUGGCUCUAACUGGUUGUGGGUCCACUUCUCUGCUAUAUAUCUUGUCACUGGAUUCAUUUGCUUGCUACUGUUUUAUGAAUAUAGAUACAUAUCUUCAAGAAGAAUUUCGUUUUUUUAUUCAUCCAAACCUCAGCCUCAUCAGUUUACCAUUUUGGCCCGCAGCACUCCUACUUACCCCGGUUGCAGCAUCAGUGAUAGUGUUGAGAACUUCUUUAAAGACCUUUAUCCUUCUAUAUACCUGUCACAUGUGGUUGUUCACCGCACAAGUAAAAUCCGGACACUCUUGAAUGAAUCCAAACAAUUAUAUAAAAGGAUUACUCGGUUACAGUCGGAUUCGGAUCCCACUCUGCCACAGCAUAAUUGUUGUGGCAUUUUUGGACUUUGUGGACGGAAAAGUAAUCUCCAAGAGCGUUACGAAAAGAAGUUAGAGGACAUCGAGGAGAAUGUAAGGUUGAAGCAGUCAAAGGUUUUAUUGGCAGGAGAAGAAGCUCGAGCUGCCUUUGUGUUCUUCAAAACUCGUUUUGGAGCUGCAACUGCUUCCAGUUUGCAGCAGUCCAUCAAUCCCACCCUGUGGAAUACUGAACUAGCUCCAGAACCUCAUGAUGUUUACUGGCCUUUCUUUUCCGAGUCGUUCAUGCAAAGAUGGAUUUCUAAACUGGUCGUUGUAGCUGCAAGUAUUCUUUUCACCAUUUUAUUCCUUAUACCUGUUGUGUUUGUGCAAGGGCUUACCAACCUUAGUCAACUGGAAGUUUUAUUUCCCUUCUUGACUACUAUUCUGACAAUAAAAUUUGUGAGUCAAGUGAUUACUGGAUACCUUCCCAGCCUUAUUCUCCAGUUGUUUCUGAAAUUAGUGCCACCUGUUAUGGAGUUCCUUUCCUCCAUUCAAGGACACAUCUCGCAUAGUUCUAUCGAAUUGAGUGCAACUAAGAAAGUUCUGUGGUUCACAAUAUGGAAUGUGUUUUUUGCAACUGUGUUUUCUGGGUCAGUUCUAUCUAUGCUGUCUAUUUUGCUUGAUCCCAAGGGCAUUCCUUCAAAGCUGGCUGCUGCAGUUCCUGCGCAGGCAUCAUUUUUCAUUGCUUAUGUUGUCACAACAGGAUGGACAAGUGUGUCAUCAGAACUAUUCCGUAUAAUCCCUCUGAUUUUCAGUUUAAUAAGAAGGCCUUUCACAAGUCCGAGUGAUGAAUUCGAAGAAGUCCCAUCUAUUCCAUACCACAGGGAUGUUCCAAGGAUCCUUUUCUUUGGACUUCUUGGCAUUAUCUAUUUCUUUUUGGCUCCACUGAUUUUACCAUUCCUAUUGGCCUAUCUGUGCCUGGCAUACAUCGUGUUCCGCAACCAGUUUAUGAAUGUAUAUGCACCAAAGUAUGAAACUGCUGGGAAAUGUUGGCCGAUCGUGCACAAUUCAAUGAUAUUUUCAAUGGUACUCAUGCACAUCAUUGCAGUGGGAAUCUUUGCACUGAAAAGACUUCCCCUAGCGUCCACCUUGGUAGUUCCUCUUCCGAUCCUCACGCUUCUCUUUAACGAGUACUGUCGGAAACGGUUCCUACCAAUAUUUGUCGCAUAUUCUGCAGAGCAUAUACAUCAAUAUAAGCCUAACUUGGCCAUGAGAAACUGAAAUUGAGGAGCAUGUAAGGGCUUUGUUAAAAUACCUGCUAUUUGGUGCUUGCUUGGUGUAUAGAGGAGCUUCACUGUCCUUCCCCCUGCCUUCUCUCAUUUAAAUGACAAUCUAUCUCCACAUGUUUUGAUUGCUAAUGGAGAGCAGGGUUUGUGUCCAUAUUUAUGGCCAUAUUGUUGUCAGAAAAAAGCAUAACUGAAUCAAUGUGGAUGUUGACGAAUUUAACGUGUCCAAUGAUCCACACUAUUUCAUAUAAGGCAUUAGCCAUGGCGUGGCACUCAGAUUUUGUGGAGCAACGAUGGUUUGCUUCUUUGUCUUCCAUGAAACUCUCUAAUCCCCGAGAAUGUUCAAUACCCAGUUGUGGAGCACCUGGGAUCAAUGCAACUCCCGCAAUAUGACGCAUAUACCGAAAUAUUAAACUUGGAGCUUGCUGAGAAGAGUUGCCUUUGUCUCAGAUCUACCUUAUGGUAUCUCAGCACUUGGUGGACAACAUUCAUCUCAAAUGGGGAGUUCAUGGAUCUAGCAUAUGUUGGGCUUAUUUGGUAAUUGCAAAAGUGAUGUCAGAACGAGAAAUAAUAAGGUAGAUCAAUUGGUCAAUGAGCCUUCUGUAAACUGAUGCAUCUGGGAGAUGCUCAGCUGCUGAAUCUCUAAAUUUCAAAUUAGCAUCCAUGGGAAUUAUAGCAGGUUUGCAAUCCAGGAAAUUCGUGUCUUCUAGUAGUGAGUGUGUAUUUCUUUUAGGAAAAGUAAAUUCCCAUCUUAGAUCUUUCGGGUUUUAAUCCUAGAAAAAACUUGAGAUCGCCUAGUGUCUUGAGCUUGAACAUAUCUUUUCAACUUCUCUUGUACUUUGUUUACAUUGGUAAUGCUUACUGUCCAGCUAUGACGAUAUCAUCCACGUAGACUAGAAGAAAAUUUGUGCUGUUGUGAAUGAAAAAUAAUAACUCUUGCGUUGACUGAAUCCUUGUUUAA